CAUAUACCCCUAAGGAAAGUCUACCCCGAAGCAGCAAAAGCGAGGAAAGUCUACCCCGAAGCAGCAAAAGCGAGUUUCAAGCUUUUUCUACCAGUCUGAGAAGAAACCACUCUCAUCUCAUCUCCGUUUCACAUCUAAUAUCCUAUUCCACCCAACGAAGAUGAUUGAUGAUCAAGACUUGGGAUUCAUUGCCAAUUUUCUUGGCAUGUUCAUAUUUCUUUUGGUAAUUGCUUACCACUAUGUGAUUGCUGACCCCAAGUAUGAAGGCAACUGAAAAUCUGUUAUUGAUGUAAUUGCGAAGAUUUUUGAAGAGCUUAGAUGACUACCAUAUUUUCUCAUUUCUGUUUGCGUAGUUAGGAUGGUUAUUCCUUCGCUUGGAAUUUCACUUCUUUUCCGUUCGGUUUUUUUUUUUUUUUUAGGUCAUCAUAAUGUGGCUGUGAGGCAGAGGUUAAAUAGUCUACUUAUUAGGCUGAAGGCAACUAGGCUGCAAGUUUCUCCUAAUUGCCAGCUUAAAAUGGAUUGUAGAACUAUUUUAAUGUAACUUUUUAAAAAAUAAAAAAAAAAAUAUCCCGUGCGUAUUAUGUGUUUAA